AUUUUAUUAAGUUGUUCAAGCUCUAUCACCACCAAUCUCUACUACAUGGAGUUCCAACCAAUAGUACCCUCUUUCCAAGUCCUUCCCUUUUCACUUUCUAUGUUUGUUGUGGUAUUCUCUUUAGUUUUUGUGUUUAUGAUAGUAAAUAUACUAUUGAAAAGAGCCCUAACCAACAACGCAACUUCAAAGCUACCACCAGGACCAUGGAGAUUACCUUUGGUGGGAAACAUGCACCAACUAAUAUUCUCAUUAUUAGGCUCAAAAUCAUUAUUACCCCAUCAAACACUUACAAACUUAGCCAAAAAACAUGGCCCCCUCAUGUACAUCGAAAUUGGACAAAUUCCAACUCUAAUAGUUUCAUCAGCAGAGUAUGCUAAAGAGAUCAUGAGAACCCAUGAUGUUGUUUUUGCAUCUAGGCCUCAAACUCUUGCAGCCAAAAUCAUGGCAAGUGAUUGUACCGACAUUGCAUUUGCUCCAUAUGGUGAGUAUUGGAAACAACUCAGAAAGAUUUCUAUGAAAGAGCUUUUGAGUCCAGCUAGGGUUCAAACAUUUCAACCCAUUAGAGAAGAGGAGUUGUUUAAGCUUGUACAAGGGAUUGCUUCAAAUGUUGGGUUACCUAUCAAUAUUACUCAAAUGGUCAAAGAUUCAACAAAUAGCAUUAUUUCUAGGGCUGCCUUUGGGAAGAAAUGUAGUGAUCAUGAUGAGUACAUAUCCAUUAUGAAAAAAGCUCUCAAGGGAGCUGGAUUUACAUUUGGAGAGAUGUUUCCUUCUUUGAGUUUUCUUGAUUGGAUCAGUAGGGUUAAAUAUGAGAGCUUCAACUUAAGAUCUUCAAGAAUAAUGGAAGACAUUAUAAAAGACCACAGAAAUAUUAUGUCAAGGGGGAAAAGUGGAAGGAAGGAAGACUUUAUUGAUGCUCUUCUAAAGUUUCAUGAUAAGAACACUACUGAUCUUGGCCUCACAUUAACAAUUGGCAAUAUCAAAGCUGUCAUUUGGGACAUUUUUGUAGCUGGAAGUUUGUCAUCAUCUUCAACUGUGGAUUGGGCUAUGGUAGAAAUGAUGAGAAAUCCAAAAGUGAUGAAAAAGACUCAAGAUGAGGUUAGAGAAGUAUUUGGCAAAAAAGGGUUAGUGGAUGAAUCCUUAAUCAAUGAGAUGAAAUACUUAAAAUCAGUUGUUAAAGAAACUCUAAGAUUACAUCCUCCAGCUCCCUUGUUACUUCCAAGAGAAAGUAGUGAAAAAUGUGAGAUCAAUGGUUAUGAGAUACCAAUGAAAACUAGAGUAAUGGUAAAUAUUUGGGCAAUUGGGAGAGAUUCCAAAUAUUGGAUUGAACCUCUGAGUUUUAUGCCAGAAAGAUUUGUUGAUUGUUCUAUUGACUUUAGGGGCAACAAUUUCGAGUUUAUUCCAUUUGGUGCUGGAAGGAGAAUAUGUCCAGGCAUGUCAUUUGGUCUCAACAAUGUUGAGCUUUCACUUGCUUUGUUGCUAUACCAUUUUGAUUGGACGCUGCCUAAGGGAAUGAAACCUGAAGAUUUAGACAUGACUGAGCUUUCUGCCAUUACUCUACGAAGAAAAGAUGAUUUGUAUUUGAUUCCUAAUAAUUAUGUAUGAUAUGUCAUCUAAAGCAAAAUCACAGAUGAUGAAGAUUUGCAUUUGAUUACUGUCACUUAUGAUAAUUAUCUAUAUGCAUGGUUAAAAAAUAAAUGAUUAAUUUGUAAUAAUUUACUACUUAAUCAUACAUAUGCUAGCUCAUGUUUAGCUUUCUCUUAAUAUAAUAAAGUUUGAAUUUAAAAA